GGUCCCAGGUUGGCAUCAUGAACCACACUCCCCAGGCCUUUGUGACUACCAAUGCUGGACUCCCUCCAAACUAUGAGAGGCUCAAAGAGGAAUAUGAGGUAGCUGAACUGAGAGGACCCCACAGCUCAGCUGCUGUCAGAACAACCAUGAUCAACAUGCCCAACAAGGUCUCCCUGCCUGACCACAUCGUCUGGUCCCUGUUCAACACGCUCUUCAUGAACUUCUGCUGCCUGGGGUUCAUUGCCUUUGCCUACUCGGUGAAGUCUAGGGACAGGAAGAUGGUAGGUGACGUGACUGGGGCCCAAGCCUAUGCCUCCACCGCCAAGUGCCUGAACAUCUGUGUCCUGGUUUUCAGCAUCCUUCUGGUCGUUAUCACCAUCAUUACCGUCACCCUUGUUUGUGUCAACACUGUCUGA